CAUAAGGGACCUACGCUUCUCAUCACUCUCUCCACCACCUAAUCCUUUCUCUUCUCUCUUUCUUCUUCUUCAAAAACUCUCUCUUUCAGAUUUCAAGAAACCCUUAAAAUCCUCUCUCUGUCUCUUUCUGUUUGUUUGUUUUCUUGUUUCCUUCUCCCUCUCUCUCUCUCUCUUUCUUUCUUUCUUUCUUUGUCUCCUUUCCCAGGUUUUUUCUUUUGCUCUCUCUCUGCUCUGCCUUCUUGUUUCUCAAAAGACUCUCUCUUUCGUGUUGAUUCUUAGGGCUCUUUCAUUUUUGUGUUGCUGUUGUUGUCUGUCUCUGAUGAUUACUGAACUUGAGAUGGGGAAAGGUGAGAGUGAGCUUGAGCUUGGUCUUGGGCUGAGUCUUGGCGGUGGAACAGGAGCCAAGAUUGGUGGUAAAUCAGGUGGUGGCGCGUGGGGAGAGCGUGGUAGGCUUUUGACUGCUAAGGAUUUUCCUUCUGUUGGCUCUAAACGUGCUGCUGAUUCUUCUUCUCACGCUGGUUCAUCUCCUCCUCGUUCAAGCAGUCAAGUUGUGGGAUGGCCUCCUAUUGGGUCACAUAGGAUGAACAGUUUGGUCAAUAACCAAGCUACAAAGUCGGCAAGAGAAGAAGAAGAAGCUGGUAAGAAGAAAGUGAAUGAUGAUCAUCAGCAGCCUAAAGAUGUGACAAAGAAAGUGAAUGGGAAAGUGCAACUUGGGUUUAUUAAGGUGAACAUGGAUGGAGUUGCUAUUGGAAGAAAAGUUGAUUUGAAUGCUCAUUCUUCUUAUGAGAAUUUGGCACAAACUCUAGAAGAUAUGUUCUUUCGCACUAAUCCUGGUACUAUCGGGUUAACUGGUCAGUUCACUAAACCGUUGAGGCUUUUGGAUGGAUCGUCUGAGUUUGUACUUACUUAUGAAGAUAAGGAAGGAGAUUGGAUGCUUGUUGGCGAUGUUCCUUGGAGAAUGUUCAUUACCUCGGUGAAAAGGCUUCGAGUGAUGAAAACCUCUGAAGCUAAUGGACUCGCUGCAAGACAUCAAGAACCGAAAGAGAGACAACGAAACCAGCCGGCUUAGAGCUCUUUUUCGACAAUACGCUGUUACAGGUUUUAUAUUUUGGGGUUUUUUGCAAGUCUAGUAGUAUACUUAUGAAGCAAGGCAUAAAGGAGAAGAAGCAUAAGCUAGAUUGAUCUUUAUAUCCAGUUUGUGUAUUUCUCUUGGUUCUUCUAAUGGUUUUUUUUUUUGUGGUUGUCUUUAGGUUUCUUUUUUUUUUUGGGCUGUCUUUUUUUAAUUUGCGGUUGCGAUUUCACCAUAUACUAUGGAUUGAAGAGAAUGCUCUUUAUUUCUUUUUACUACACUGUAAAUAUUUGAAGCGCUUAUCUCUAAUAGUAUGGUCUUUAAGGUUUUUUUUUGUUUAUGAGUUUGCUCUUGUUUUGAUUCGAGAAACUAAAGUCAUUUGUGGAUA